AAAGGCGAGGAGGAGAAGAGAAGAGGGGGAAAGGAGGAGGGCUGGUUGGGGGAAGGAAGUCUCAGCCGACGCGCGAUUGCCCUGGGUCUCGCGCUCUCCCGAGGGCGGUUAGGUCCGUUGUUGGUGACCCUUCUGAGGGGCGGGGGGCGCCUGCUCCCUGCCACCCCACACCCCCCGCCCUCCACCUCCUCUUUUUCCUCGGAUGUUUUGGUUUCUUCCCUUUGCCUCAUAGAAUAAUCCUCCUCCACUCUCUCUCUAUCUCACACGCACACACAGAGCGGUUUCUGUAGGGUUUGGGGGGCUUCUUUUCUCCUGACGCCCUCCCCCCCUUCGUCGGUCUCUCCUGUUUCUACGGCGAGGGGGCACUUCCUCCGUCCUGACUCUAAAGGGCCCACUAUAAUUCCUCCGCCCACAACCUGUGGGGCGAAGGCAAGCGGUCUUGUGUUCUUGAUUUGGGCUGUGUGUCGACUUCCCCCCAAAUAGCCGCGCUCGGGUGGUAGCCCAGGCUGUGCUGUAGUGCAAUUCCACCCCCACCCGGAAAAGAAGAGGGAAGAGUGUGUACGUGUGGGCUGUGGGGUGUGUGCAGGAGCCUCCCCCGCCAGGGGCGCGAUAGGGCUGCUGAGCUGCCUCCCAUCCCUGCUGUCCGGCGGUGGCGUGUGUUUGACUGGAGUGGCGGAAGGGCAGGCCCCGCCUCCUCCUCCUCUUGGUGACUGAACAGGGGUCAGCGCUGUUGACAAUGGUGCGCCCUCUCCGCCCGCGGGUCUCUUUGGCUCCCUGAGAGAAUUUCUGCUGGUGCUGCUGGCGUGUGUGUGUCGGACUCUUGUGCGCAAUUGGGGCAGCUGCUUCUUCCUUCUAGUGCCCUCCCUGCUCCAGCAGUGCCUUUACUCAACAGUUGAUCUUGAACAGAGAAAAAGAUACGUGACGCCUCAUCCUGUGGAGCACUGGAAGCCAACCAAAUGGCAUCUUCUACUGCGGUGGCUGUAGGUUUUCACUAUGAAACAAAAUAUGUUGUCCUCAGUUAUUUGGGUCUCGUGUCACAGGAAAAGCCUACGGAGCAGCACGCUUUAUCAAGUCAAGUGUCUGAGCCAUCUACUGUAUCAAAAGCUUUGGAUAAGGAGUUACUGAAGAAAGUUAAAGCCGAAAUUGAAGAAGAAUUGAAACUCCUUGAUGAAGAAAUUUUGGAAGCCUUCACCAGCACAGGAUUUGAUCACCACACAUCUCCAGUAUUCAGUCCUGCUAACCCAGAUACUUCAAUAGAAGAUUGUUUAGCUCAUCUUGGAGAGAAGGUAUCCCAAGAACUGAGAGAACCACUUCAAAAGGCAUUGGAUACCCUACUUAGCAAGCCAGUGACUUACCGGGAAUACAAGGAGAGGACACUGGAGGUAGCAACUCAUGCCAGUGGAUGGAGCAAGGUUUUAGUGCCUUUGGUGAUACUUCAGCAAUUCCUGGUGGAGCUGACAAGACGGGGCCAAGAACCACUUGAUUCAUUCGUGCAUUUUGGCGUGACCUACCUGGAAGAUUAUGUUGCAGACUAUAUCAUCCAGCAAGGUGGAUGGGGUACUGUUUUUAGUUUGGAUUCUGAAGAGGAAGAGGACCAUGGAAUUGUUGCCGAAGACAGCAAUGAUAUCUGCAUCCUAACUAGUGACAACUCGGGCCAGGUGAGCCCGCCCGAUUCCCCCACAGUGACAUCAUCUUGGCAGUCAGAGAGCUUGCCUGUCUCUUUGUCAGCUAGUCAGAGCUGGCAUACUGAGAGCUUGCCUGUGUCUUUGGGGCCGGAGUUGUGGCAACAAGUAGCUAUGGAUCCUGAAGAAGUGAAGAGUCUGGACAGCAAUGGAGGUGGGGAAGAAAGGAGCGAAAACAAUUCUUCAAACUCUGAUAUUGUACACGUUGAAAAGGAGGAGAUACCCGAGGGGGUUGAAGAAACAGUCGCGCCAGAAGUAGCUCCGCAGACUGAUGCUGCAAAGCUGGUUUCACCCGAAGUUCAGACUGCAUUGCCAGUGAUGGAAUCGGAAGCUGAAACCGUAUCUCUUGCAAAGCCAAGCCUUUCUGCACCUUCACUUACAGAACACCAGAAAGAGGGGAAAGCAGCAGAGCUACCGGAACCUGAAAUUCCAGAGUUGAGGAAACCUGUCAAGAUACCAGCUUCUCCCAAAGAAAAGGCUGCCUCCAAGCUUGAGAAAAUCCUGCCCCCAGAAGCAGAAAUAAAAGCAGGGAAGGAGAGCUAUUCUGAAGAAAAGGAAGACAAGCCCCCUGCUGGAGAGGAGAAACCCAUCCUGUUCCCAGAAGGCAAAUCAAUUCUACUAUAUGGGGGUGCAGCUGCAGUGGCCAUCCUGGCUGUGGCAGUGGGUGUAGCACUGGCAUUGAGGAAGAAGUAGUGGACUUUCCUCCUCAGGGAAGGCAGCACCUGGAUCGACACUUGGCUGGACUGGCUGAGGGUUGUGAUGCCUGCUGUUAAUGGGGAAUUCAUAUAACUUAAAGGGUGGUGGGGCAAGGGUACACGGUAAAGCUAAGUCUAGGGACAAUCAUGUUUUUAGUGGACUUGGACUGGAUCUUCCCGAUUAACAUAUGGGGUGCCAUUUUGAAACCCCUGCACAUGUACGUAUCAAAGUCUAAAUGAGGAAGGGAUGCUUCUACACUGGAAACUGGAACUGAAAAUUCCAGGGGAAUGGAAGAGCUGGUUGUUAUCCCUGGAGAUUUUCCUUACAUGGCUGCUGUUGCAGCUUCUUGGUUCCCCCUCCACCUCCUGAAUGACAGGUGAUUAGUGCUGUAGCACAAGGUUGGUCUCCCUUUUGUCUCAGCUUCCUCAGGUACUGCACUGCUCUUCUUGACCUUCCAGUUCCCUUUUAAACCCCAGUGGGGUAGUGCUUAUUCAAUACCUCUUUGCUGUAUACGUGUCUGCCCAAAUACUUCCUGAGGCUCAACCUUUUUUUAAAAAGCUGUCCCUUUGGUUAAGUUCUGUAACAUUGAGUUGGAGGAAACUGUAAUCUCCCAUAUAGUGUUGAAUUUUAACACUGUUUCGGAAGAGGUAGAUAUUCAUUGGUCACCCAUGUGUAUUUGUCAUUUUGCUAAUCUCAGCUACAGCUGUGAUUCUCCCCCCCCCCCGGCCCCAAUUUAAUUCAUUCUGCUUUACUGUUAUCAAGGACACUCCUUUCAUGUAAGAUACCUGUAUGUUUUUGAACAGAAAAUUAUAAAUGCAAAAGGAAAUGGAAAUGCUACUUCUCAGCAUUCAUUAGUAAAAAUUAUUGUGAAGCUGAGAGUUGAAUUGGUACGGCUUUUGAAAUACAAAUUUAAGCACGCAAUUUUGUCUGUCUCUUCUUCUGUGUUCUGUUUUGCACAAGUUCAAGGGGGAAUGCAUUUAGCCUUAAAUUGACCUUGACCACUGACUAAUGAGCCAGAUCCAAGGUCUUCAACAAAAUUGAUCCAAGGGGUUGAACUUGAACAGCACGCGGCUGUACUUGCCCGCUGCUUGCCAGUUCUUGGCUAUUGGAUGGAUGUUCUGAAACCAGCAGUCUUGCACAGUUCAUGGAAACUUCUAAGAGAAAUUGCUUUGUGUAUAAAAUUAUUUUUUAAUCCAGGCAAUUAGGCCCAGAGAAGAAUAAAAUCAGAUCCCUUUUGGCCAC